CGGCCAGAGUUAAUCGGUAGUGGGUUCUAAAAUGUCUAUAAUUUGGCUGUGUUUAUUCUGGAUUUGUUUAAACUCAGUACAGGCCGUUUAUGUGCCUGAAAACACUUGUACAGAUUACUUUCAAUACGCCUCGGAUAUCAAUGGGAAAAGCUAUGCUGGCAUUUUCAAGGCUCCCAUUUCACGGAGACAAAGGUUUGAGUGGAGUGCGACUUUUGUAGUACACGGUCAUCACGGGGUCUUUGUUAGCUCACUAAUGCCGUAUCCCAACAAGGAUGAUUCUGUUCUUGACCUUUUAAGUGGUCAGCCAAAUAGGGUUUAUGUAUACUUUGUGAAUAUCAAGAACGAGCUGCCCAAACUGACCCUUUUGAGUCUGAAUCAAAUGACGCUGUGCAAUAACACCGGCUACGGAAUUCCCUCGACUAAAAUUACUGUGCAAUACAUAAUGGACCAAACCAAAAAUUAAGAAGAGGGAAAGAAGUGUUACCAAGUUCACUAAGAAUUAAACCAUAAACGAAAUGAAACUCCCGGUGAAGAUCUUAUUUAGUAACAUAGUUAUUUAAAAUUAAAAAUGCUAUAUUGUAUUGUACGAAAAAAAGAAAUUUUUAAUUUA